AGUCACAGUGUAACCGGCGCGCGCGCAUCCCGUUCAACAGGCGCGGUCCAAAAAUACCAACCAGGCCGCGCUGCCAUGCGCUGACCGUGUACAAACAAAAGAUCACUUUAAAUUUCGAACGCGUUACCAUUAUAAUAAAGAGAAAUUCAAUCAACGAAACCGAAAGCACGAUUCCGAAGUUCAAAUAUAGAACGCGUGACAUUAUAACGAAACACCCAAAGUCGAUUUACGUAUCGUUCUGAUUAGAUACCGUUUUUGAGUGGUGUGCGAAACUGUUCUAAUGCUGCGAUGUCGCCAACGGCCAUCGGUGCCGACCUGCCGCAAUGGUGCGGCAAGACUGAAGGAUGCCCUCAAGCCCUGCUUGGCUGGCUGUACCUGAAACACGACCAGAAUGAGUGGGUGCCAGGGUCAGUUUGGGGCCCCUUGCCGACAGCUGCAACAGGGUCCACGGCACCACCCGCGGAUGAUGCUAGUUCCCUGGCUGAACAACUGACUGCACUAUCGCUAAGGCGACCACCUCGUCCUCCACCUCCAGCGUAUAUGUGCCACCUAUGCUUUAAGAAGGGUCAUUACAUUGGAGACUGUCCACAGGCUCGGCCGAAAGGGGAAGGCCUAACACCUUACCAAGGCAAGAAGCGCUGCUUUGGCGAAUAUAAAUGUCCAAAGUGUAAGCGCAAAUGGAUGAGUGGCAACUCCUGGGCAAACAACGGCCAGGAGUGUAUCAAAUGUAGAAUCAACGUUUUCCCACAUAAACAGAGACCUCUUGAGAAACCUGACGGACUUGAUGUAAGCGAUCAGUCCAAGAUACACCCACAGCACCUUUGUCAGAAAUGUCGCUCCCUGGGCUACUACUGCCGCCGCGAAUACUAAACAUUAGCUACCAACACGAAUGCGAAACGACGAAAUAUCAUUUAUAUAAAGGUUUAUUUUUCCCUCACCUGUGAACACUAAAACGUUUUUUAUUGUUAAUUAUCAAAUAAAGGCCGUGAAAAUAAGCAUCCCGACAUUUAUUUUUACGACCUUGUCAUCAGAGGCCUAAAACGGUAGUUAUGUCAUUGUUGGUCACUUUAACUAGUUUGUAACUACAGAAACGUUGUAGAAACUGUGUUUAUAUUGCUACUACAUAAGGUCUAAUGUCUGCAAUUAAUUUUGUUAUUAAAAAACAACUGAUGAAGAUUUAAAAAGGAUUUGAUAAAUUUUACUUUUGCUAAUAAUCUGUUAUGCUAAUCUGUAAUUAAAUCAGCCUUGAACUCGACUUCGAGCACAGCGCUGUUACAUCACAGCAAUUUACUGUAAUAAAACCUUAAUUAUCUAAUUAAGUAGAUUUCAUUUGAUCGAACCUCUAUGCUGCGACAGCGUCCUGUUUGACUUCGUGUUCAAAGGUGUUUUCACUACAGACUAUUACAGCCGAUGUGCCCUCAAGUGACACAAAAUUUUGUGUCCAAGGUAUAUUUUAGGUUUAUAAAGGAAGUUAAUUUUUACGAUUUUGAAACGUGCCUCCUUAUAAUAUCUAUAAUAGGCCUCCUAUAUAGAUCGUUUCAUGUCGUUCACUACGAGUAUGUAAUAGUGCUUUAAUGAGGAAUGCAUUCGCUUGUCGCAGUCGUAGCUCUGUUAACUUCCAAUAAAAGCUCUCAAUUUCCAUCCACUUAUCUUAUUUCCGCACCAUGCAUGAUCUUAAUAUUAGUAAUUAAAUUUAAAAAUUGUUGUUUAUUAAACUUUAGUAUCUUAAAACAUGUUACUUAGAUUUAAUUUUAUAUUCGUACAUAAAAGAUAGAAAAAAACUUUAUUUAAAGUUUAUUUUGUAAGUUAGAUAUACGUAUAAUUAGAUGUACAUUUCGAGAAGAAACAUUGUUUUUUUUUUUGUUCAGUAUAACUUUAUAUAAAGAGAUAUUGAAGGUUUCCUUGUGAUUUUAUACUCCAAAUGGCAUUAAAGUUACUUAUGAAUGUUAUAUGUAUAUUUAGGUGAUAAGGCGUUUUUUAUGUUGUGUAUCAAGUUAUAUAGUAAUUGUAUUAUUGUUUUGAAUAGGCUUUUUCCCAAAUAAUAAAUGUUAAUAAUGUUGCUUUUUAACUAUCUGAUAUAUUAUCAAUUAGUCUAUUCAUGAGGCAGGCGAAAAACAGACAUGUACUACGUGAACGUUGAUAGUAAACGAUAUGUAUUACUCUCCAUAGAACUAUGUACUGUUUGUUGACGCGGAGUACCGAAAAUAAAUAAUUCUUUAUUCAAAUAAGCUAAUUAAAACAAUUUCAGAUCGUCCAACAUUUUUCUCCCUGCCAAUCCUUUAGGACGCCCUUUGUCUGACAAUAGUCUAAAGAUCCUUAUCAGAAAUAACGACAUUUAUUUAUAUCAAUUAUAUCAUUACGAAAAUAGUAUGUAUCAUAAUAAUAAUAAAAACAAUAUCAUUAUCUGUUGGACAUAGAAUAGAUACAUAUAAUUGUUAUAUCUCAAUACGUAUCUCUCAAUAAUAAUGUACGUAAGAAAAUCUUAUGAUUUGUUUAUAAAAAUAGUGUUUAUAAUUUUAACACAAGAAAUAAAAAUAAGCGCCUAAGGGUAUUUACCCUAAUGAAAACAGUAAAUAAAUUUAAUCUUACAUACAUAUAAUAUCUUCAUAGAAGUAUAGAGAGUCAACAUCAAUUUCUUUAAAUAUUUAUAAGAAAAGAGAUUAUCUCUUCUCUAGUAUAUAGCGUGGACUGCUCUCUUUUGUAGUAUAAAAACGGCUUAUUGUUUUACGGAGUGGACCUGUACAACAAAACUCAGGACUUCGUGAAAAAAAUGUGGAGUUAUAUGGAUACCGAUACGUACCGUUUACUUUCAACGCUAACAUAAUACUUGGGGCCAAUAUCCAUAUUUACCUGCCCUAGGAAUAGUUAAUAGAUGUUAUUAAUUUUAUGGCAAUUGGCUGUUGGCACAUACUAGCAUAGCUUUAGAUUGCAAAGAUGAUAGGAAUAAACUUACUUUAUUUUAGAUAUUUCAUUUAAACCACAGCAAAAUAGCUUUUUAGUUUAGUUUAAAAAAUAGAACUGAGAACUUUACGACUUAAAAAAAAAUAGCUAUUGAGAUUUCAUACACACGGCACAUUUCCUGCACGCUUUUUGCAAAUAAAUUCUGUGUGAACGGGGGUUACUUCACUUAAAUUCAGUAAUUUGAUAACUGUUAUUAGAAUUAUAAUAUUUACGUUAUAGUGUCUUAAUAGAUUUUCAACAUGUAACUAGACUUAUAUUAUUAGAUAUGUAAUGUUAUUAAUUUUAAGGUGAAACCAAGAAUUAGAAACUAGCACUUGUAUAUCAAAAGAUCCAGUGAAUUCUCUACGUGCCAAAUUGCUUAGUUUUUAUAUGAUACAAUAGGUUGGGGAAAAAUUUUCUUCGCAUUUUAUAUGAAAAUUCAAAACAUUUUUUAAUAUAGUUUAUUUACAAUUAACUUAAGUAUGUAGGUACCAUUUUGUUCGAUGACUUUUUGUCAUCUUGUAGGUAGGGACACGAUCUCAUUAAAUUUUGGGGCUUCUAAUCAAAAAUCCGCGGCAAGUGGUGGCAUGAUGCUAACCUGACACUACCUAAACAAUUCUGAAGAGACCGAAGCAGGUGUAAAUCUGAAAGUGCAAGGUCAGUAAUAUAGGGCGGAUGCAUUAACUCCUACCAGCUAAAUUCUCUUAAUUUUUCCUGAGUGGCAAAAUAUGUAUGUGUGAGGUCUAGCGUUAUCAUGGUGAAAAACCACACCCCUUAUAUUGAUUAAUUCUGGCCGAUUUCUCUCAAUUCCUUACUUUAAUCCCAUCAGUUGUUUGCAGUGGAAUCGAGGUUCUGCCUGGCAGUAAAAGCUCAUAAUGAAUAAUGCCCUUCCAAUCCCACCAUACACACGCCUUGUAUCGCCUUGCUGCGAGUUUGCCCUGGUUUUGACCACGGCCUUUUUCGCACGUUCUUAUCGUACGUGAUCCACUUUUUGUUACCAGUUAUCAGUUUCUUUAAAAAUGGUUCGAUUGCAUUAUGCCGUAAUAAAGAACCACAUAUGAAUACAUGGUUCAUUAGGUUUCUUUCAGUGAGCUCGUACGGUACACAAAUAUCCAAUUUUUUUGUAUACCCAGCUUUUUUCAAAUGCGCCAAAAUUGUUUUCUGGUCAAUCACCAGUUCUUCAGCUACGUCGUAACGACUGAUAUGCCAAUCUUGGUCCAAUUUUUCAAAAAGGGCAACCGGAGCGACGUGCAUCUUUGACAUCAAAAUUUCCGGACUGAAAACGGUUAUACCAAAUUUUGCUACUCUCACAGAAACUGUACUAGGUCCACAAACUUCACAAUAUUUUUCAUUUUGCAUUUCAUUUCACCGUUGCAUUUCACCGUUUUUGUAAUAAAGUUUUAAAAUAUAUCUAAAUUCUUCAUUAUAUUCACUCAUUUUGACAGUAAGAAAACAAAUGAAAAUUAAACAUUUUCAUAAUUCGAAUGCGGAGUUAUCUUCUUUAAAAUUUAAACUUUUUAAUUAUAUCGAAACUAGCUAGAAUUGGUAUUACCAGAAAGAUUUUAUAACAAGUUUAUGCAUACUAUGUGCGAAAAGGCUUUUUCCCCAACCUAAUACUCUUUUAUUAUACCUUUUUAUAAAGUGCCAUAAAUUUAUUGCAGUUUUAAACUGUUAUUUUAGGUUUUCUAUAUGUUAAAUGAAUUUGCAAUUGGCAAAUUUCUAUGUUAUCUUCGGAAAUUAUGUUAUCAACGCAAUUUUAUUUACAACAUGGGUUGCUUAUUAAAUUUUUUGAAGAUUGUGAUUAUCUCUAUAUAUCAAGUUUAACGAAAUCGACAAAAAAUGUCAGACGUUUUUUAAAUAUAGUAAUAAUUUGUAUUAGUUAUCCAUAAUUUUGUAAUCAAAACCAUUUAAAUAUUUACUGAUUUAAUUAAUAGCGCAUCAUAACAAUGAUAAUUUUCAUGAACAAAUAAACCAAAGAAAGUAAUUCCUUUUUAUUUUUAGGUGGUAAGGAGAUACAUUUAAUAUAAGUAUCUACUGUUAUUGUUUUUAUCAUAAAAACCGACAAUACUUAUAUGUAAUGAAAACUACUAUGGUGCCAUUGAAGCCAAAGUUUAAAGUAUCAAAUAAAAAAAAAACAUAUUUUAUAUAAACAAAGUACUUUAGUAAAUAUUAUCGCUGAAUCGACGGUGCUUGUAAUGUUUAAAUCCUUCGUUUUGUGUGCUUGUAUAUUUUCAGUGUUUGAAUAUAUUAUUAAAUAAAUCUAUAUUGAUAAAAAUCAAUUUUAAAUGAUAAAAUUCCGUCAUAUUUAGCGAAUAAUAAUUUUAAUACAAAAAAGGUCCUUUCAAACCAUUGCUAUGAUAUUACCAAAGAUGCUCCCAAACAUGGUAAAAUUUUACAAAUAAAAAUUUUCUACUUUUUUUUAUUACUUAUAUUAAAUCGAUUCUUAUAGUUUUAACUUUAAGAUUGACAUUUACUGACAAGCUGCACAACAGAUUACUAGAAAUAGUACUUAAUUUCUUACAGUCAAUUUUGAGCGCACAUUAUUGCAUAAAGCUGCGGCCUAAAAUCAAAAGCUAUCGUUUUGCAAAAUUUAUGUUAUGUUUCUUUUUUUGUCCUGUCAUUCCUUUACAUUUCUUUUACUAAAUAAAAAUAUAAAGAAAAGACUUACUUCUUCUACGAACUUAUAAAUAAAUAAGAAGAAGAAGCACAGUAAGUUCUGAUUAAUAUUACGUAUGCUUGCACAGGGCAGAUCCAGCAAUUCCGACAAUGACCGUACGAUUAAAAUAAUAGUUACAUUAUUAAUUAAUAGUUACAUACGACCGUUACAUCAAUCUACUGGAAAAAAUUGAGACUUUUGGAUAAUCUGAUGUGCUGUUGACCGUACGAAAAUUAAUUUUCAUAAAACUAAUUUAGUGAUGAACACCCAGUUGCACGAACGCCCAUUAUGGUUUACUGGCGACUUUAAGCUCUAAUGAAAAUGCUAAGUUUGAAAAUUUUAAUUGGUAUGUAUUAUCAUACCAAUUUAAAUUUUAAAUAGAAUAGUAUUAUCUCAUACUUAUAUUGAGAUUAAAAUAAGUACUUAUUGUCAGUUUAUUACUAUGAUUAUUGAUGAACAUAUUAUUGUCAUUUGUUACUUAAUAGUUUUAUAUGACGCAUAUUUUCAAAUAAAUAUUUAAGGUUUUAAAUUAAACUUGUUUUAUUUGAUCUAAUAAUUUGCUUUCAAAAAUACUAAGGUUCACAUUAAAAUAGAGGGUUCAGUAUUAGUUUAAAUUAAAAAUAUUGUUGAAAGUUGAUUUUUCGACGUUACUACCAGAAUUCAUAGUUAAUACCGACUGUCUGAAGGUCUUACUAAAAGUUUCUUAUCAGCAUUCCAUGUCAAGUAAAUCAAGGUUUAAUAUUAAAGAUAUAAAAAACAAAAUAUCAAUUGCAUAAAAUCCUUAUAAUUCAAUAAAAUAAAUUCUUUUCUUUUAAUACAUAAAAGAGAAAUAUGUAUGUCUCAGAACUAAAAUUUCAAUGAAGAUAUCCUGGCAUAACACGGAUUCUAUGAGGUCUAAAAGAAUUCUCAUAGUAAGCACCUAUAAAUUCGUUACCAUCCCCAUCUUCGUGGUUUAAAGAUCUCUUUUCGAAAUGAUGUUCAUCAGAUUCUUCGACUUCACUACCAGGUUCCUGUGCAGCUUUGCAGAGAAUUACUGACAAACACACAACAAAGAAAACAGCUGUUAUCUUAAACGCCGCCAUUUUGGAUAUUUUCCUUUACUUCGAUCGUUUCUGGUCUUCUAGUCUUGCUGUUCUUUAGUCUAUGCACUUUUGUUUUUGAUUCCACGCUUAUAUAUCAAUCUGAUGUUUUCGUUUGAAAUAAAACAUGAUGUUAAAAAGAUUGUUUAUUUAUUUCCAAUGUGCGUCGAUC